UUCAAUUCAUGCUAUAUAUACUACGUAUUUAUUACUUGGCAUAUGUCAUAAUAAUAACACACAAGUACAUUCCAAAAGUAACCCGCCGUACUUAAGUUAAUCAUCGACCAAUCACCACCGCACCACCACCACCACCACCACCACCGACAAUGGUCGUUAUGGGGCCGACAGUGGUUCUGGUUCCCCAACUUCUAUUACUCACAUGUCUCUGCAUGUUUUUCCUGAACGCUUCCUACAGAAUCGUCACAACUUACUGGUUAACCCCACGACGCAUCAAGAAAACCAUGGAGGCACAGGGAGUGUUCGGCCCCAAACCCCGGUUCCUCGUCGGAAACAUCCUCGACACCGCCGCCAUGCUCGCCAAGUCCUCAGCCCAUGAUAUGCACUCCAUCCACCAUGACGUCGUCCCCCGCCUUUUGCCUCAUUUCAUUGCCUGGUCCAAACAAUACGGAAAAAGAUUCAUAUACUGGAACGGGAUUGAGCCAAGGAUGUGUUUGACUGAAAUAGAUUUGAUAAAAGAACUUCUCACAAAGCACAACGCGAUUUCGGGAAAAUCAUGGUUACAACAACAAGGAUCCAAACACUUCAUUGGCCGCGGCCUUUUGAUGGCUAACGGCAACGACUGGCACCACCAGCGUCAUAUUGUCGCGCCAGCCUUCAUGGGAGACAAGCUCAAGAGUUAUGUGGGAAACAUGGUGGAAUGCACCGACAAAAUGAUCCAAUCCCUUGAAAAAGCGGUGCAAUUUGGGCAGCCGGAAGUCGAAAUCGGCGGCCACAUGGCCGCCCUCACCGCCGAUAUCAUUUCACAAACGGAGUUCGGCAAUAACUGCGAAAAGGGCAAACAGAUUUUCCAUCUCUUGACCGAUCUUCAGCAUCGUUGUGCACAAGCUAGCCGCUAUUUGUGUUUCCCCGGCAGCCGGUUUUUCCCAAGUAAACAUAACCGAGACAUAAAAUUUCUAAAAUUAGAGGUGGAGAGACUGCUAAUGAAUAUAAUACAGAGCAGAAAGGAUUGCGUGGAAAUAGGGCGAAGUAGCUCGUAUGGAAAUGACUUGCUAGGGAUGUUGUUAACGGAAAUGAAGAAGAAGAAAUGUGAGGAUUUAGGGUUCAAUUUGAAUAUGCAGUUGAUCAUGGACGAGUGCAAGACUUUCUUCUUUGCUGGUCACGAAACCACUGCCUUGUUACUCACAUGGACCAUAAUGCUCCUGGCCACAAACCCUUCUUGGCAAGAAAAAGUCCGGUCCGAGGUUAGACAUGUCUGUAACACCGACAAACAGCCGCCGACCGCCGACCACCUCUCCAAGCUCACCAUGUUGAACAUGGUGAUCAAUGAAUCACUAAGACUAUAUCCACCAGCAACUAUUCUUCCAAGAAUGGCAUUUGAAGACUUCAAGCUUGGUGAUCUUCACAUCCCAAAGGGUCUCUCAAUAUGGGUCCCAGUGCUAGCCAUCCAUCACAGUG